AUUCUACUUCUCUCUCUCUCUCUGUUCCUCUGCUUCAUCUUUCUUCAAUAAAAAAACAAAAGCUUUUAUCCUCUGUUUUGGCCGGUAAAGAGAUGGCGAUACAAGCGCAGUUGCAUUACAACGCCUCGAACGUGAACCAAAUCGGUACUAGUGGGUCUUUCAUCAACAACAAUGGUGGAAUCGGAAUCGAUCAGUCGCAGAAAGAUUAUAACCAACAUGCUCUGUUUCAUCCUCAACACCAACCGUAUCGUUCUCAGAGCUUUCUAGACGCUUAUAUGGAGAGACAGAAGCAAGAGAUCGACCAGUUCAUCAGAGUCCAGAACGAGAGGCUGAGUUACGUUUUGCAAGAACAGAGGAAGCAAGAGAUGGAGACGAUCUUGAGGAAGAUGGAAGCGAAAGCUUUGGUUUUGAUGACGCGUAAGGAGGAAGAGAUGUCAAGAGCGUUGAGCAAGAACAUGGAGCUCGAAGAUCUGUUGAGGAAGAUGGAAAUGGAGAAUCAAACGUGGCAGAGGAUGGCUCGUGAGAACGAGGAAAUGGUCGCUACGCUUAACUCGACGUUGGAACAGGCUCGGGAGAGAGCUGCCGCCGCCACGUGUCAAAACGAAGCGGCGGGUGCAGCGGAGGACGAAGGGUCGUGCUGUGGUGGAGAUGGGUUUCCGGGGGAGAAGAUGAGUGGUGGUUGUUGCUGGAAUUGUGGGUCUGAUGGUGAGACAAGAGUGCUGUUUCUGCCGUGUAGGCAUCUGUGUUGCUGUACGGGUUGUGAGGACGGUCUUGUUGUUUGUCCCAUGUGUACUACUCCCAAGAAGAAUAGAAUCGAGGCCUUUCUUUUCUAACGGAAGAGCUGUUUUUUUUUUCCUUUCUUUCUCUGGAAUUUUUGCGGAGGAAAUUGGUAGAAAUGCCAUUAAAGACUUGUCACCGGUGAUCGGAGAGGUUCUUUCCCCGGAAGAUGACGUGGCAGGGUAAUUUGGUGGUUUUCGAGAAGUUUAGAUGAAAAAAAUGGAAAGUUAGACUAGGGAAAGGUGUUGAUAAAAAAAAAAAAAGACUAGGGAAAGGUUAUCAAGAAGUAAAUUCUGAUUAGGUUUUUAUUUUCCCUUUUUUGUUCUUUUGUUUACCAAUGGAAAGAAGAAAUCCAGCUGGAUUUUGGUAAACAUAAUUC